ACCACUCUCUCAUUUUCAUUUUAUUUUAUUUUUUCGGUCAGUAAAAUAAAUUGAUAUGUACACAAUCAUCACUCUUAGCGAGAGAGAGAUAAACGGUUCAUGGAGGAAGUCUCGACGGAGCCGUUAGUACCAGCAAUGAAGCCAGACCUCAAGCUUUCACCCGCUGCCGUGGAGACGGCGGCUUUGGUAGAACAUGUUGGCAGCAAAGCCGCGGCGUUGGAUGUGGGAUUGUCGGAGCUGGACAAGGACAUGCUGUGCCCGAUUUGUAUGCAGAUCAUUAAAGACGCGUUUCUAACCGCCUGUGGCCACAGCUUCUGUUACAUGUGUAUCAUCACUCACCUCCGCAACAAGAGCGAUUGCCCUUGCUGCGGUCAUUACCUCACCAACAAUCAACUUUACCCAAAUUUCUUGCUUGAUAAGCUAUUGAAGAAGACUUCUGCUCGUCAAAUAUCCAAAACUGCAACACCUUUGGAACAUUUUCGUCAGGCAUUACAACAGGGUUGUGAAGUGUCUAUCAAGGAAAUUGACAACCUUAUGUCACUCCUUGGAGAGAAGAAGAGAAAAAUGGAACAAGAAGAAGCAGAAAGAAAUAUGCAAAUACUGCUGGACUUCUUGCAAUGCUUACGGAAACAAAAAGUUGAUGAACUUAAUGAGGUACAAACUGAUCUUCAGUAUAUUAAGGAGGACAUAAAUGCCGUUGAGAGACAUAGGAUGGAGUUGUAUCGUGCAAGAGACAGGUAUUCUGUAAAACUGCGGAUGCUUGGAGAUGAUUCUACUGCAAGAAAACCAUGGCUGUCAUCCUUAGACAAGAACAGCGGUGGCCUGAGCUCCUGUUCUCUACACAUGAGAGGAGGGAUGCCUGCAGGAAAUCUUCAGCAGAAGAAAGUGGAUGGAAAGGCUCAAGUAAGCUUUCCUGGACUCCAGAAAAAGGAUUCUCUGACUGGGUCAGACUCACAAUGUUUUAACCAAUCUGGUCUAUCUGUUGUAAGAAAAAAACGGGUCCAUGCACAGUUCAAUGAUCUGCAAGAGUGUUAUCUGCAAAAGCGGCGACAGUUAGCAAACCAACCACAUAUUAAUCAAGAAAGCGAGAAAAAUGUCAUACACAGAGAAGGAUAUAAUGCUGGUCUUGCAGAUUUUCAGUCUGUACUAACCACUUUUACUCGUUACAGUCGAUUGAGGGUGAUUGCAGAACUUCGGCAAGCAGAUCUAUUUCAUGCAGCCAACAUAGUAUCAAGCAUAGAAUUUGACCGGGACGAUCAGUUGUUUGCUACUGCUGGAGUUUCCAGACGCAUCAAGGUUUUUGACUUCUCUUCUGUUGUGAAUGAACCUACUGAGGUACAUUGCCCUGUUGUGGAGAUGUCAACACGUUCGAAGCUUAGCUGCUUGACUUGGAACAAAUUUUCUAAAAACUGUAUUGCUAGUAGUGAUUAUGAGGGAAUAGUUUCUGUUUGGGAUGUAACAACACAGCAGAGUGUGAUGGAAUAUGAGGAGCAUGAAAAGCGUGCAUGGAGUGUUGAUUUCUCUCACAAAGAACCCUCUAUGCUUGUAUCUGGUAGUGAUGAUUGCAAGGUCAAAGUUUGGUGCACGAAGCAGGAAGCUAGCGUUCUUAACAUUGACAUGAAAGCAAAUAUCUGUUGUGUCAAGUAUAACCCUGGAUCUAGCAAUUUCAUUGCGGUUGGUUCAGCAGAUCAUCACAUCCAUUACUAUGAUUUGAGAAACAUUAGCCAACCACUCCAUGUGUUUACUGGGCAUAAAAAAGCUGUUUCAUAUGUGAAAUUCUUGACAAAUAAUGAACUUGCUUCUGCAUCUACAGACAGCACACUACGGUUAUGGGAUGUGAAAGAAAAUCUGCUAGUUCGAACGUUUAAAGGCCACACAAAUGAGAAGAACUUUGUGGGUCUCACGGUUAACAGCGAAUACAUAGCUUGUGGCAGCGAAACAAACGAAGUAUAUGUUUACCAUAAGGAAAUCUCUAAACCAGUGGCAUGGCAUAGAUUUGGGUCGCCUGAUUUAGAUGAUACUGACGAAGAUGCAGGAUCUUACUUCAUCAGUGCUGUAUGUUGGAAGAGUGACAGUCCCACAAUGUUAACUGCCAACAGUCAAGGAACCAUAAAAGUGCUAGUGCUUGCGGCUUGAAAAGAUUGAUUGAAAAAGAGAGGAAAACUAUUUGAAUCUUCUUUUGCACCAAAAUUGAACGAUUUUAUGUAGAUAGAUAUCAUUGAAAUUUGAAAAUAGAAAGAUGCAAUACGCCAUGGUUAACUGUAAAUUCCACCAUUUUGUAUGUAUUUAAACACAAGGGUUCUAAGCACAGUGUAGCAUUUACCUAUUGAUCGAUGCAGGCAAGUUUAAUUA